UGCUCUCUCUCUAGAUAUCGAAACGUAAAAUUAACGAUAAGCGUGACUGCACGCACAAUUACAGAGCUGUCGUCACCGGACACACGCCCCCCCCCCCCCCCCCCCCCCCCCCCACUUCGAUUCGCCGGAAUAAUCCCACCUUUCAAUCAGGGUUUUUCAGGUGAGAAUUAUAGUGAUUGUGUGAUAUGCCGUAUUUGGUACGUGAGCAUCUCUUCAUCGGCAAAAUUGGUGACGCUGCUGAGAUUCUUCAGAACGGCAGUGACGAAAUCACGCAUGUACUCUCAGUUCUCAGUUCGGCAUCAAUAUCUUUUUUCACUGAAUGGCGUAAGGGACUCUCGAUUCCUACCAAAGAGAUUCGCAAGGUUUAUGCUGGAAGUUUGGGAUCCGAGGAUGAUGCCUCCAAGACUUCCCUGCCUCCAGAUAAGCUUCUCUACUCAUUGGAGUACGCGGGCAAGGAUUUGAAGCUUGUGAGGAUGGCAGUUCCACUGAGAGAUAUGGAGAGUGAGGAUUUAUUGGAUUAUUUGGAUGUGUGUUUGGAUUUCAUUGAUGAGAAUCGGAAAGAGGGGUCUGUUUUGGUGCAUUGCUUUGCUGGUGUCUCAAGAAGUGCAGCUAUCAUUACAGCAUACCUGAUGAAAACUGAACAGCUAUCUCAAGAAGAUGCACUUGAAUCCCUACGGCAAAGCUGUGAAUUUGUUUGCCCAAAUGAUGGUUUCCUGGAUCAGUUAAAAAUGUUUGAAGAAAUGGGUUUCAAAGUUGAUCAUGCUAGCCCGAUAUACAAACGCUUCCGUUUGAAAGUAUUAGGUGAUUCCUAUAACCGCGGAGAGAAAAUAGACAGUUCUAAAUUUGGGGCUGAUCCUGGUUUGCCAACAGAAGUAGUCUCCUCUGAGGAAGGAGAAUCUCCGAAUAGACAAAUGGUUUCUACAAGAGCAUACCGCUGCAAGAAAUGCCGGAGAGUUGUUGCAUUACAAGAAAACGUUGUGGAUCAUAUUCCAGGGGAGGGUGAGACGUCCUUUGAGUGGCAUAAGAGGAGAAGUGGUAAUCCUUUCAACAAAAGUGAUGAGAUGGAGUGUUCAUCCUUAUUUGUUGAGCCCCUGCGUUGGAUGACAGCAGUUGAGGAAGGUGCAUUGGAGGGCAAGCUGUCAUGUGCGCACUGCGAAGCCCGCUUAGGCUACUUCAACUGGUCAGGCAUCCAAUGCAGUUGUGGUAGUUGGAUCACACCAGCCUUUCAGCUCCAGAAAAACCGAGUCGACAUCAGCAGUGUCUAAAAUAUCUUUAAUACAAAAGAAAGGCCUAUCUCACAAUCAGAACAUAAAAGAUGCUUGCAUUUGGGUAAUAUAUACCCAUCCUCUACCUAGUAACAAUCUUUAACUGUGGUAUUAUAACUUUAUCGCAAACAGACAACUCUAAGUUUUUUAAGAUCCUGUUGGGGAGGGGAGGGGAGGGGAGUGGAGUGGAUGUUCCCGUUAGUGGUAUAUCAGCUCAAGAUUUGUCUUUUUAACAUAUACAGUCCAAUUGCCUUUGGCCAUACAAACCAUUUGUUUUUUAUUAUUAUAUUAUUAUUUGGAAAUGAUGGUGUAAACACUAAAAUAUCAUCUUUUUCAUGGUUGUUGCUAUA